AUGUCUUCAUCUGACGAGGAGGAUGUUGUCCGUCGUGCAGGACGGGGCAUAGGCAAUGGUCGCCAGAGCGAUUCUGGAAGCGAACCGAGCGGCAGUCCUCGCGCUGGAAACGACGCAGCAGAAAGCCCUCUUGCCUCCGAUGCAGACAUCGUAAACGGUGACGAUGAUGCCGAUCUGUUUGGUUCAGAUGGCGAAGAUGAAGAUAUGGCGUUACGGACAUUGGACGAUGAAGAAUUGGAUUCUGCGGAUGAUGAGGGUCGCUACGACCGAACUGGAAGCCGUAUGGACUACGAAGAUGAAGAAAACGGGGAUUUCCGAGAGACGGUCAAUAUUAUGGAUUUGAGCCUGGGCCGUGCGCCAGAACCAGCAAGCACGAACGGAGAGAUUUAUACGAUGGCGGUCCCGAAUUUCCUCUCGAUAGAGACCGAAGAGUUCAAUCCUGAGACAUACGUCGCACCACCCUACGCCAUUGCCGCAACCUCUCUUUGCUGGCGGCACGACCCGAAUGACGAGGCCCUGCUUCAGUCUAAUGCUCGCAUCAUUCAAUGGGAGGACGGGUCGUUGACGUUGCAGCUUGCGUCGGCGCCACAGGAGCAAUAUAGGAUCGCUGCUAAACCGCUUGCUCCACCUAAUAAGUCCGGCGACUAUGAAUCCAAAUUGGACUCGCACGUAUAUUUGGGAGCUGCUGCUGAGACAUCAUCGGUGUUCAGACUCACUUCGCAUCUUACCCAUGGCCUAACGGUUCUGCCCACGACGAUGGAAUCCGACGACGCUGUCCAGCGUCUGCAGGAGUCUUUGGCGGCCGCCUCACGCGGAGGCAAGAAGACGGCGGACGGCACUGCACCGUUGAUCGAGGUGAAAGAAGACCCUGAGCUCGCCAAGAAGCAGGCCGAGCUCGCGGAGCGUGAGAAGCUCAAGGCCGCGCGAAGACGCCAGCAACUCCAGGAACGUGAGCUUGACCGGGGCCGCCGCGUCGGUGUCUCAUACCGUAGCGGUGGCGCCGGCCUUACCGUCGCAGGCCUGGAGGACGACGACGGUAUGCUUACCACGAGACCGCGUGCAAAGAAGCCCCGGAAGCCCAACCGCCGCGGUGAGAUCUACACCGACGAUGAGGAAGAGUAUGACCGUCGCGGCCGCACCAAGGAAGACGAGUAUGAUGAGGACGACGGGUUUUUGGUGGGCAGCGAUGAAGAGCUUGAAAUUGUUGACGAUGAUGAUGAUGAGGAGGAACUUCUAGACGAUGAUAUGGAUGCCGAGGGUGAAGAUGACGAAGAGGUCCUGCCUCCCCGGCACUCGGGCAAAGAAAAGCGAGGGACCCCCGAGGUGAAAGCCUCUGAGCCUGCGACUGCGUCACCUCCAACAAGGAAAAAGCCCCGUUAUGUGGUUGACGAUGAUGAGGAUGAGUGA